AUGGCGGACUCCUCCGUGGAGAAAGAGAAGGAAGAGCAGGCGCGCAAGGCUCACGCGCUCGCCGAGAAGUGCUUCCUCGCCGGCAACGUCUCGGCCGCCAGGCAGUGGAUGCAGUCCGCGGUCAGGCUGGCGCCGGACCUCCCCGGCACGCCGCAGAUCGUCGCGGCCUACGACGUCCACGCGGCGGCGGCCCGGAGCACCCGCAACUGGUACGCCGUGCUGGACCUGAAGCCCGGCCGCUCCCUCACCCACGACGACAUCAAGAAGCAGUACCGCCGGCUCUGCCUCCUCGUGCACCCGGACAAGAACCCCAGCGCCGCCGCCGACGGUGCGUUCAAGCUCAUCCAGGCCGCCUGGGACGCGCUCUUAGCCAAGCACCCUCCUCUUGGCACCGCGGCGGCCCCCGCGCCGGCGGCCAACCAACCCGCCCCGCCGCCGCCGGCGGCGCAGCGCCAGCAGGCAGCACCACCGAGGCCGCCGGAGCCGAAGCCGAAGCCGAAGCCGCAACCGAGGCCGCCGCGGCGGAGACCGGCACCGCAGACGACGCCGAGACCUGCAGCGCCCAAGCCACCGACCAACUCGCAGCAAGCGAACCCGAAGCAGGACGGCAAGUGCUCCAACUGCGGAGCGACAAGCCUUAACGGCAGGAACAAUUACCGGUGCAUGAGCUGCCUGUGGAGUCCCAUGGACGGCAGGCAUGAGCUGCAUGACGACGACGACGACGACGAUUUCUACUAUUACUAG